ACCUGCGCCGGCCGCCGGGCCCCGGCUCUGCUUCUGCCGACCAGGCGUGCGGAGCGCUGGCGGGACUGCUGCCCCGACUACGCGCGGGCCUGCCCAGCGGUCCCCUGCGCUGUGGCAGAGUGGAGUGGCUGGAGUCGCUGUGCCAAGCCCUGCCAGGUCUCCUAUCGUGUCCGCCAGAGGCGUGUGCUGCAGGAGCCAAAGAAUGGGGGCGCCCCCUGUCCCCCGCUGGAAGAGCGGGCUGGCUGCAUGGAGUACUGGAGCCGCCAGGGAGCGGAGUGCCAGCAGUCAUUGCUCCCUGCUCUGAUAACCACAGGCAACUAUGGCAACGAGAGGGAAAAGCGAGGUGCCCCCAAGGAUCAGAAGACAGUAGGGUACUGUGUCCAGUUCCGGCUGGGGCCCAUUCCACGGAGCUGCCAGCAGGUGAAGGCACCCCAUGCCCAGUGGAUGAGGUAUCUGACCCAGGGCCACACGGUUUGUGUGAGGUGUGAGUGGCCUGCCCAGGAUGCCAGGAGCCGGCGCUGCUACGGGGAUGGCGGUGGGGCCGGAGGGCACCAGCUGUUGCUGUGGCAAGCGGCCGGCCACCCCCGGUGCCGAGGGACCUGGGAGAGGCUCGGGCAGCUCCGUGACUGUUCCUGCCCCGAGGUCCACAGCCUCGUCUUCAUCUAGCCACAGCUGUCCCUUAUCUUCCCAGGGCCCCUCUUCCCAAAGCCUCCCUGGGUGGUAGGGAACCCCCCUGGGCUUGGGAUCCCACCGAAUGAGGGAGUAGGGAGACAUCUGCAAAUUUGAGACUGAAGGAACAAGCCCUGUCCUUAUGCUGACACUGAAAAUAGCUUUAUAUUUCCACUGGGUGCCAGCUGAGUCACAGCCCUACUGCCCUCUCCCUCUAGGUCAGGGCUUCCCAAAUUUCAUCUCCUAGACACACUCCUAUGUUUUGCCCUGUUUUCCUUGCUUGUACCCUUUUUUUGGACUCUCCACCCCCACCUUUUUUUACUUAAAUAAAUUUAUUUU